AUGGUGGAAUCGUAUGUUGGAGUUUCAAUCAUCUGGUUUAUUUUUGAAGUGCUGGAAUAUCAUUUGAUGACUCUUGUUUGUAACGGUCUGAUUCUUAAAUUGGUUAAAUGUCUUGGCCUUUAUCAACAUAUCUCCACCAAAAUUCCUAAAGUUUUGAUUCCACAGAAACCCGUUUUGGAAAUUGUUUCAUCCCUGAGAAUUGAGUUAAACAAAGGUUUUGCAGCGAUUAUAGAUAUCGGUUCAGGGAAACACCUCAAAAAGUUUCUAUCUAGAAGAGGGAUGACGAGAUCGGUCAACUGUAUAUCUUCGAUGGAGAAGGGAAACAUCAACGAUACAAACUAUCGUCGGAUCGGAAAUCUCACAGGAAGUGGGAGAAGGGAAGCGGGAAUGUGA